CUUACCUCUCUUUCUGCUUUUCAAUUCCAAUUCCAAUUGCAAUGACGAAUUCGAUGGGUCCUCCACCUCCCAUAAACCCUAAUCUUCCUUCAACUUCUUCUUCACUCACUGUGGAGGAAACCACCGCAGCACCAAUCCCUCCACCAUCUCUACCUCCUCAUAAUCCCGAAGCUUCUAACCCAAACUCAUCCCAAUCAGCAGAACCCCAACCACCAAGCGAUUCAACAACAAAUGACGACAACUCUUCUCAUGGCGUAACGGUUCCCUAUAAGAUUCCUCCUUGGAGCGCUGCUCCCUCCCAUGAAUUCUACCUCGAGGUUCUCAAGGACGGUUCCAUCAUCGACAAAUUCAAUGUGUCUGAGAAAGGGGCUUACAUGUUUGGGCGAUUGGAUCUCUGUGACUUUGUGCUUGAGCACCCCACUAUUUCUAGGUUUCAUGCUGUUAUACAAUUUAAGAGAAGAGGAGAUGCAUAUCUCUAUGAUCUUGGGAGUACUCAUGGCACCUUUUUGAACAAGAAUCAGGUGGAGAAAAACACAUAUGUUGACAUGCAUGUUGGUGAUGUCAUUCGAUUUGGCCGGUCAUCUCGCUUGUUCAUUUUUGAAGGACCAUCAGAGUUGAUGCCUCCUGAAACUAAUGCAAAACUUAUGAGAGAAGUAAAGAUGCGUGAAGCAAUGCUAGAUAGGGAAGCUUCACUCCGACGAGCAAGGAUGGAAGGACCUCUUGCGGAGGGUAUAUCAUGGGGCAUGGGUGAGGAUGCUAUUGAAGAAGAUGAGGAUGAUGUGGAAGAAGUGACAUGGCAGUCAUAUAAAGGACAGCUUACUGAGAAACAGGAAAAAACCCGUGAGAAAAUAAUAAAAAGGAUGGAAAAGAUUGCUAACAUGAAGAAAGAAAUAAAUUCUAUACGAGUUAAAGACAUUUCUCAGGGUGGACUAACACAAGGUCAGCAGACUCAGAUUGCAAGGAAUGAGCAGAGAAUAACACAGGUACUGGAAGAACUUGAAAACUUGGAAGAGACACUAAAUGACAGUAUUCGAGAAAGUAUAGGUGCACGUACAGGAAAGAUAUCUCAUGGGAAGAAGAAAGGUGGUGCAGGAGAAAAUGAAGAAGAAUAUUCAAGUGAUGAUGAUGAUGAUGAAUUUUACGACCGUACAAAGAGAAAGCCUUCUCAUCAGAAGCCUGGUGAGAACAAAUCAGUUGAGACUGCGGAUACUCUUCUCGAUAAAAGAGAUGCCAUCGUCAAGGAAAUGAAUGACAAGAAAGAGUUGCUUAUGAUUGAAAAGAACAAAAUGUUGUCAGAGAGUACCACACAAGAUGUUGGUGAUUCACUGGAUGCUUACAUGUCAGGGCUUUCAUCCCAACUAGUGUAUGACAAAAGUGUGCAGCUUGAGGAGGAAAUGUCAACUCUUAAGUCUGAGCUGGAUAGGAUAUGCUACCUUUUGAAUAUUGCUGAUCCAACGGGAGAAGCUGCCAAGAAAAGGGAGUUGAAAGUACAAGAACCCAAACCAAAAAAAUCUGCAGAAGUUGCCUCUACCAUCAAGAAGAAACCACCUGCAGAAACACAAAACAGCAGUGAGAAUUUUGCAAGGACAGAUAACGAGAAACCACAUAUGGAAACACAGAAACUCAGUGAGGAUUGUGUAAAGGCAGAUCUCUCCAUAAAAGGAGAGAAACCUGCUGCUGGAACUGUGGGUUUGGACAAGUCAGAACCUGGCUGUGACAGAUUGGAGGCUGAGAAUGUUGUAUACACUGUCCCAAAGCCCCAAUGGCUUGGAGCUGUAGAGGACAGGGUUACAGAUGAUACUCAACAACUGAUAGCCCCAGAGCGUCUGCGAGAGGUGGACGAGUCCAAUGAGUUUGUUGACUACAAGGACAGGAACAAAAUUUUGGGCAGUGGCGAUGAUGCAAGGACUUCUGUGGAAUCUAAAAUUGAGUCAGCUGCUCCUGGUCUAAUUUUAAUGAAACGGAAACAAGUUGAGACAACUGGAACAAAUAGUAAUGAUGCCUCUCAGCAAAUGACAUCUUCCACUUCAGGUGAACAAAUAGCUGAGGAUGCCGUGGCACUAUUAUUAAAGCACAAAAGGGGACUGUAUGCUAAUGAUGAUGAGGACAGACAUGAAAGCCAAGAGAGGAGGCCUAAAAGGGUGCUUGGGCCUGAGAAACCUUCGUUUUUGAAUGAAGAGAAAGUUUAUGACUCAUGGGUUCCUCCUGAAGGACAAUCAGGUGAUGGACGGACUUCUUUGAACGACAGAUAUGGCUAUUGAGGAAGGGGUGUACAGCAUUGUUCAUUAAAGAAAGGAGUUUAGGCUGCAUAUUCACCUAAGAAAAUAUCAAUGAGGGAUCAGGCAGAACCUGCUCAGUAGCAUUAAUGAACUUUAGAGUUGCAAUGUAUGAGUUUCCGAGACCUCUGUCCUUUGUUAAGUAGAAGUGAAAGGAUGACAAAGUUUGUUGGUGAAAGGACCACUGUAAUGUAGUAACAGAGACAUGGCAGGGUGAAAGGACUACAGUGAUGUAGUAGCAGAGACAUUGCAGAUUGAGAUGUACUUUACUAAUACCUGAUCAAAUGCCUGCCGUGUACGUCCACAUGAUCUAAGUAACAAGUGACUUGUCUUUCUGUGUGAGAAUUAUGGAAUGAAGCAAGCUACUCCGUUCCUAUUUUGAUAACUAGCAAAGCAAAUUAGCAGAAAAAACAGACCAAUGUACAUUCUGCAUGCUACUACACUUUGGAAAAUAAGGACUGCCUUGCUGCCAUCAAAAAAAUAUACUUUAAAACAUGUCGGUGCUUGAGAGGAGUGCUUUGUUAACAGUUAAGAAUUAAGGGCUUAGUUGUCAUACUGCAUAUCGUUGAAGAAAUGGCUGUGUAAUUGGAGGUUGCCUACAAAUAGUUGAAUUUUUCAAAAAAAAAUGUAGUUAGUUUUAUCUCUCAUCCUUUCUCUUCUAAAGCCCUUUAAAUGUGUUACAGAGACGAGAGUUGU